AUGUUUGACAUCGACUUGUUUAUUCAAUGUGUUCAAGAGAGGCCAGCUUUGUGGGAGAAGAGUGCCAAAGAUUAUUCUGAUAAAAACAAGAAAGAAAAGGCAUGGUUGGAGAUAGGAGAAAUAAUGUACAGUGACUGGCAUGAUCUGGAUCUACUGGGGAGAGAUGUGAAAGUAAAGGACAUGAAGGACAAGUGGAAAAACAUCAGAGACAGCUUUGUGAAACAUGAAAAGCAGGGCAAAAGUGGUGAUCCUACGGCCAAAAAUAAGAAAUAUAUUUAUGCAGACGCACUCAGUUUUCUACUGCAAACCCUAGAAAAGCGAAAAACUUCAGGAAACGUGGAAGAAGAGGUCGAUGAAGAAAAACAUCAGGAGGCAGUAAGAAAUGUGGAAGAUGACACAGAAGAAAGUCAUGCCGCUAGUGCCCUCAGUUAUGUUCCACAAACUAAGUACCGCCAGCGUGCCAAAGCUAGCAUCACCCCUUUCCAGAAUGAGCUACUGAAGAAACUGAGUGACACCUCCAAGCAGGACGAAAUGGAUGUAGACAAAGCAUUUUUAUUUUCCCUUCUUCCUGACUAUAAACAACUUAAUGCUGCUGAUAAAUUUAAUUUCAAAAUAAUGAAUCUUCAGUUUUUUGAAAAUAUAAGACGAACAAAACAUACACAAAACAUGCAACCAUGA